AUGAAGCGACCACUCGCAGCUGGGGAGUCUCUUGUCCAAGUAUACGCAGCCGCUCUAAACCCUGUCGACUACAAGCUAGCGGAACUACCAGUGGUUGGACGAAUGGCCAUCCCAAAACCAGCGACGCCCGGACUCGAUUUUGCUGGAAGAAUUGUUCAAGUGGGAUCCGACUGCGACGUCAAGGUUGGGCAGAUGGUAUUUGGCAAGCUUGAGCCAAAGCAACGAUUUGGCACCCUUGGGGAGUACAUUAUCGGUUCUAAAGCUGGAACUGUACCGAUACCUGAUGGUGUAUCAGCGGAGGAAGCAGCAACGCUGGGAGUGUGCGGCCUUGUCACAUACCAAUGUCUUACGCCGAAUGUAAAAGCUGGUGACAGGGUACUCAUCAACGGUGGAUCUGGAGGUACGGGCACCUUUGCGAUUCAGAUAGCGAAAGCUUUGGGAUGCCAUGUUGCCACAACAUGCUCAGGUGCAAAUGCUCAAUUGUGUAAGGAUCUUGGAGCUGAUGAAGUGAUCGACUAUCGCGAAAGUGAUGUUCCUACCCUUCUGGCAAGCGGUCAAAAGCACUAUGACAUGGUCCUCGACAACGUUGGUCACUCGUUCGAGCUCUAUUGGAAAUCCCCGUUUUUCACGAAGCCUGGAGCGAAGUACGUCCAGAUUGGAUCCCAAGUCAGCUUACCCUUCAUUUACGAUCUCGCGUUUCGCUUCCUGAUACCUACGUGGCUUGGAGGUGGGCAACGGCCCUUCUCAUUCGGCCUUGCAUCCACGAAUUUCGAAGAUUUUACCAAGUUAGGCAAGCUUGUCGCAGAUGGAAAAGUGAAGCCUGUGGUCGACCAAACGUUUGCAUUCGAGGAUGCACCCAAGGCUUUUGACAAAGCCUACGAGUACUACAGAAAGAAAAAGAUCAGCUCAACGAACCUUUCCAGCAUUCACGAAGCCUACGAUAGACGGUACUUCUACAAUGAUGCAUUCUUGGUGCACCAGUUUGGCAAUCGACUGUCAAGCCCAUCAAAAUGUUCAUUGUGCGACUUUUUCCGGUCCGUCAGAGUUCAGCCAGAUGCGCAUGAACGCUACAAGCUGCUCGCGUUUCCCAGUAGCGAUGCAUGGCUCUUCCAUGGAGCUCGUUUGGAAGAGACGCAGAGACAAGAGGAUUGGCUUGACCUUCGAACUCGUCACGAUACAGUUUUCAUGGCUGUCGUUCCGGAUCUUGAGUCGAUCCCGUCAACUGCGCACGACAUCACUUGGCUUGACUAUGAGAUACCGGCCGUAGGGGCAAUCUUUCGCCAGCCCGCUGGCGAGUCCAGAGACAACAGAGACCAGGAUCUACUGGGUGCUAGAGAACUCCCGCUCAAGUUUGAUCUUGCGCGGGUACGGGCCUGGCUCGAUGUAUGUCGCCGCGAGCAUGGUAAUGCGUGCAAGCAACGCGCAUCGUAUGAGCCCGUUACUCGAGGCUUUCGACUCAUAAACUGUUCCAAAGACCCUCCUGAGGUUGAGGAAAAGCCAUGGGGAACCCCAUAUGCAGCUCUAAGCUAUGUUUGGGGAUCUACUCCCGCGGAUCGGGGGAUGUGGCUAGCGACCGUCAUGGACGCAGUUGAGGUCACACGUAAACUCGAUUCCACCUAUCUGUGGGUGGACCGAAGUUGUAUAAACCAGUCCGAUACAGAUGAGCAAGGCUAUCUGAUCUCAAGGAUGACGACAAUAUACGAAGCAGCGGAUUUCACCAUAGUAGCGGCUGCGGGAGAUGGUGCCAGCCAUGGUCUUCCUGGGGUGCGAUCAACGCCUCGCAGACCGCAGCCAAAAUACUACACGGAUAGCGGAAGCUUAGUUCUAUCAAUACUCCCUGACCCGCGGCGGGAAGUAAUGCAGUCGCAGUAUUGGACUCGUGGCUGGACCUACCAAGAAGGCGUGCUCUCUAAUCGCCGCAUCGUCUUCACUGACCAUCAAACCUACUGGGAAUGUCGAAGUAUGGCGUCACAUGAGAGUGCAGACGUGACACUAUUUCACACAACCGCAAGCCAUAAAGAUGAUCUCAACUAUCUCUUGGCAGACUUCAUGCUUACUGGCAUAUUCAAAGGAGGCGCUUUCAGUGGAGGCAGCAGUGCGCAUCAAGACGACUCUAUCGUCGAGAAUGAUGAGGAAUAUCGACUGGACUACGGGUUUCCAGUUGUUCACGAGAUUACUGUUAGGGCGCAACUACGAGGCCUUGCUGAUCACAUGCGUGAAUUUACCAAAAGAAACUUGAAACAGGAUUCAGACUCUUUGUCGGCGUUUCAAGGCGUUGUUGGAAUGUACGAACAAACUGAAUCACUAUGUUUGUUCCAGGGAAUACCUUUAUGGACAGGUGACAUUGCUGGAAGCGCGGCUGGCGCUCAGAUCACCUUCGCCUUGUCAGUAUCAUCAUGGUAUCAUCGUGCAGGCCCAAACCAUGUCAUGUAUAUCUCCGAGGCAUGCAGACGGCGUACGCACCUACCAUCGUGGACGUGGGCAGGCUGGGAGGGUACAAUCAGUUGGCGCUUGCCCCCUGACCGCGAACACUGUGCUUACAUGAGUGAUCUCAUCAAAGCCACAAGCCCAAGUAUUGUUUGGGCAGCAGACAUCUACCUUUCGCAUCCUGGAUCUCAGUCUCGGGUACGGCUAUUGGACAGAAGUUCUGCACUUCGUCUAUCAAGUGAGACGCUAUCGACAAUCGAGAUCAGAGAUCCAUACUUUUUGACUGCUUUCAAUAGAAUUAAGGAUGUAGAUCGAAAGUGGAAAUGGGGGAGACGAGUUGGUAGACCCGGUCGUCAAGAAAUCGUGUCGUAUAGUUCUGAUAAGGACAUGGAGUGGUACAGGAUGGGCCACAACAAGGGUCGCCUCGCUUUCACGGGUAUGUCGGUCGCCAUCACUCAACAACAGUGGACUGCCAAGCAUGUCUCCGGCGAGUUCGUUAGUGUUCUCAUGUUUGCCGGGAGAUUCUGCGCUACCGAACAUGGCGCGGCACGGUUCUUGACACUGCAGAAAGUACCUAAGGCCAGCCCUACACUAUGGGAGCGGGUUGGCAUACUCUCAUUGACGCUUCCUUAUCUAGACAAAGCUGGAUGUCGAGAUGUUUCGGGUCUUUUUGCCUGGAUACCGGCUCGUCGUCAAACUAGCGGCAGUAUAGUAAUCCAAUGA